UUCCUCACCAAUCAUUACCAAAGUACACACAUACAUACAGUUCUUGUAACAAUCUCUUCUUUCGUCUUUACUUUCCAAGCACACCCAACAAAGAGAAGCAAUGGGUUCUGAGUCUCUAACUCAUGUCCUCCUCGUUUCUUUUCCUGGCCAAGGCCAUGUAAACCCUUUGCUUAGACUUGGCAAGCGUCUUGCUUCUAAGGGUUUGCUUGUCACUUUCUCUACACCUGAAAUCACUGGCAGACAGAUGAAGAAGUCCGGCAGCGUUUUCGAUGAGCCUACCCCCGUUGGUGAUGGCUAUAUCCGGUUCGAGUUCUUUGAAGAUGGGUGGGAUGAUGAUGAGCCUAGACGCCAAGACCUUGACCAAUAUCUUCCUCAGCUUGAGCUGGUAGGGAAAAAGUUGAUUCCUGAGAUGAUCAAGAGAAACGCCGAACAAGGACGCCCAAUUUCAUGCCUCGUCAACAACCCUUUCAUUCCUUGGGUUUCUGAUGUGGCUUCAAGUCUUGGUCUUCCUUCUGCAAUGCUCUGGGUUCAAUCUUGUGCUUGUUUCUCUGCCUAUUAUCAUUACUAUCACGGUCUCGUCCCUUUCCCUAGUGAGGAAAACCCUGAGAUCGAUGUUCAGUUGCCUUGCAUGCCUCUUUUGAAAUAUGAUGAAGUGCCAAGUUUCUUAUAUCCUACAACUCCAUAUCCUUUCUUGAGAAGGGCCAUUUUGGGUCAGUAUAGGAAUCUUGACAAGCCCUUUUGUAUCUUGAUGGAAUCAUUUCAGGAGCUGGAGCCUGAGAUCAUUGAAUACAUGUCCAAACUUUGCCCAAUCAAACCGGUCGGUCCGUUGUUUAAGAACCCUAAAGCACCAAACUCAGCUGUCCGGGGAGACAUCAUGAAGGCUGAUGAUUGUAUCGAAUGGUUGGAUAGCAAGCCAAGCUCAUCCGUCGUUUACGUUUCUUUUGGUAGUGUGGUGUACUUGAAGCAAGACCAGUGGGAUGAAAUUGCAUAUGGGCUAUUGAAUUCUGGUGUCUCAUUCUUGUGGGUCAUGAAACCACCACACAAGGAUUCAGGGUAUGAGGUUCUUGUUUUGCCUGAUGGGUUCUUGGAGAAAGCAGGAGAUAAAGGUAAAGUAGUGCAAUGGAGUCCACAAGAGAAAGUUUUAGCUCACCCAUCAGUUGCAUGUUUCGUUACACACUGUGGAUGGAACUCAACCAUGGAGGCACUCUCAUCUGGCAUGCCGGUGGUGGCUUUCCCUCAAUGGGGUGAUCAAGUCACUGACGCUAAGUACCUAGUUGAUAUCUUUAAAGUUGGUGUAAGAAUGUGCCGUGGAGAGGCUGAAAACAAGUUGAUCACACGCGAUGAGGUAGAGAAAUGCUUGCUUGAGGCAACCGUAGGACCUAAGGCGGCAGAGAUGAAGCAAAAUGCAUUGAAAUGGAAGGAAGCGGCGGAGGCUGCGGUGGCUGAAGGCGGUUCCUCGGACAGGAACAUACAAGCUUUUGUGGACGAAGUGAGGAGGAGAAGUGUUGAGAUCACUAUCAAAUCAAGCAGUAGUCUUAAUGAAAGUGUAGAAUUGGUCAACGAGCCAAGCAACAACGGAAAAGUAUUAGUAUUGUUGGAGUCCACAGCAUGAAGAUAAUGGUGUUAUUAAUUACGAUAUUAUGUUUUAACAAUUAAAUUACCCUUUCCAAGGGUGUGGUGUGUUGUUAUUUGGUUUUCUCGCUUUCAAUUCCUAGGAAUUGUUGUGCAACAAAAAAAUAACAAAAUAUUCCUGAGCAAUAUCAUAUUUGGAUGUGUUAUCCUUGUUUGAUUA